AUGCUGAUGCGAAGGACCGACGCCGUUCAACUCCAUGCCGCCGCAUUCUUCUUCAUCAUCAUGAUCACCUUCUUCGUCAUUGCGGACAUCGCUGCGUCCUCCAUUCAUGAAUCUCAGAUCACAGCACAGGCCGAGUGCAGCAGAAGCUGCGUGGUGGAGAACUGUAAUACGAUUGGGAUAAGGUACGGGAAGUACUGCGGAGUAGGGUGGACGGGAUGUGCGGGGGAGAAACCUUGUGAUGAUCUUGAUGCUUGUUGCUUGAUCCAUGAUCACUGCGUUGCCCUUAAUGGCUUGACCAAUAUUAAAUGCCAUGAGGAGUGCAAGAGGUGCAUAAAGGAAGUAGAGAAGUCUGGGCAGGUGGGUUUUUCCAGCAGCUGUACAUAUGAAACAGCAGUGUCUACAUUGGUACAGUGCAUGGAUAUGUCAAUUUUGUUCAGCCAGUUUGAUACCUCCAAGACUGAGCUCUAAAUUUAAGAGUGAUGUUGAGUGUGAAAUUCUCGUCCCACAUAAAUGUAAUCGAAAAAGACUAGGAAUUUGAGCAACAUUAACUCGAAAGAUCGACAAACAUAAAGUCAUAAACCCUAACUGGAGAAUUUGUUAUGAAUGUUGGAUACAAUGAUAUUGGCUCACAUUCUUGUUCCUAAGGCUUGUAGUUGUUAUGUGAUGCACGUGUUUGUACUCUGAUUUUUGACUGUUAAAUG